AUGCCGGCAUGGAAGAAACACGAGGCAGGACGCCGCGGCCGUGAUGCGUAUGAAAGCGACGGUUUCUAUGAAACGACCGGAAGGGAACCGGCGCGCGAACGCAUCGAACGGUUGACGCGUACUGCGACGUCCCUGGGAAACGGCUACGAUACGCGCGCCAGGGAGGGUCGUGAUGAUGACCUCAAUGCUGUCGCGGACGAACUGGACAGGAUGUUGUCGGAGCGCGGAAGUGUCGGAGCUGGCCGGACAGCAUCCGUCCGGCCGCAGCGCAGUGCAUCGCCGCCGAGAACGCCUUCACGCAGUCCUGGCAUGGAUGACGUUCUUGGAGCGCUGGACCGGCUUGACGAACAGGUACAGGGAUUGGCGAACGCGUCCGAUACGCACGAAGUCGGAUUGUCUGCGCCCUCCCGCCCAUACCCACAGCCGGGGCGUUACGCAAUGGAUACACUGCACGAAAACGACCAGAGCAUUGGGUCACAAGUGUCCUUCGGAAGCGAGCGCGCGGGAGGCUAUGAGGAACAAUACGGUCUUGACCCGCAUUCGGCCCGCGACCGGGGCCAAUAUGGGCAUAACGAUGCAUCGCUCCAUAUCUACAAGGACCUGGGACGGCGGAUAGACGCAUUGAGAGCCCCGCAUGAAAAGGCUCUCAAUCAGGUUCGCGAAGAGCUGGGGUCGCUGCGCGCUGCUCUCGGGGGCAUUACCAAAGGCACCAGCGAAACCGUGGGGCGCCAGAAUUCCGAGCUGCGCCGGCUCGCCGACAUGGUUGAUCGGCUGCGUGUCGACAAACGCGGCGAACAGUUUACCAACGAAAUCCGCAAGGAAGUCGCCGACCUGAAGACCAUGGUCGGCCGCACGAAUGUGGAAGGUGCGCUGCAGACGCUUGAGCACGGCUAUUCUCAUAUCCUUCAGCGGCUGGAUGAGCUUUCCCGGGCCUCCCUGGAUCCGCGUGUUCUCAAUAGCGUGACCGCAAGAUUGAACGAGAUCGAGGAAGCCUUUGCAGCUCUUCCGCGUUCCGAGCACAUGGUGGUUCUUGAAGAUCGGGUCGUCACCAUUGCCGAGCGUAUGGAAGAACUGCUGCAGCGCAAGGAACAGGUGGAAAUUGAACCGCUUCGGGCCGAAUUGCGCGAAGUUCGGGGCUAUGUCGAGCAGAUUGAUGUCAAGGGUCUCGUCGAGGGUAUCGACGAUCGCAUGAAGUUCGUUUCCGGUCGACUGGAUGACAUUGAGGUUCUUGCGCGUGAGCAGCGCGGCAUGGAUGUGCGAUUGUCGGCGAUGGAAGAGCGCAUCCCGGAACCGGAGACAAUUGCUCGCCUGCAGGGACGUCUGGAAGAUAUUGCCGGCAUGAUGGCGGAUGAUCGGGCAAGUUCCGGUGAUCAAGAGCACAUGUCACAGGUGGACCAGCGGCUGGACGAGAUCGUUGACCGGCUGGAGAGAAUGGAGCAGGCAGGUCCGUUGCCUGCGACCGACAGCACGGCCUUUGAGGCACUUGAGAAGCGCCUCGAGAGCAUUUCGGGCAAGAUUGACUCCAUCGAACAGAAAUCAUCCAAGCCUGUUUCGAUGUUGGAAACUGCUGCGAUGAAGGCCGCGCCAGGGGCUGACGCAAAGUUUCUCUCUCAACUGCAGGAAAGACUUAAUCACCUGUCCGAGCGGCUCGACGAGCCGAAGGACACGGUAACGUCCUCUGAUCUUGACAAGUUGCGUGAGGAAAUAGGGUCGAUGCGCGCGAGCGUCGCCGCGCCCUCAUCAACCGAAUCUCUGGAAGCGCGGAUCUCCGAUCUUGCACAGCUUGUCUCCAGGGGAGCGGAAUCCACGGACGACAACCGGUUCGAGCAAUUGGGUGAAAAGGUUGCCGCGCUGGCGGAACAGAUCGCAAGCAACCCCGCACCGGUAUCGGGCCUGGAACAGGUCUCGCCGGCCCUUGAAAGGAUAGAAAGCGGCCUGGCACAAACCAAGGUGGACGUCACGGAAAUUGCCAGGAAGGCGGCGUUCGACGCGGUCGCGAACGCGCCAAAUCAGUAUGUCGCCCAGUAUGACGAUGCGAUUUCCGCCCUGCAGGGGGACUUAAAGCGGCUCCUCGAUGCUGCCGAAGGCAGUGAGGAGCGAACCCGCAACACUUUUGACAGCGUGAAAUCGGUUCUCGGGUCGCUGACUGAACGCCUGGACAGUCUGGAACGGGCAGAAAUCACCGCACCGGCCGCGUCGGCAAUGCCCUAUUCCGCAGUGGCUGCCGCACCCAUUGCCGGUGAGGAGCCAUCACUUCAGUUCACGCCUGUUACCCAGCGGGUACAGGAACCUGUGCAAUAUGUAGCGGCAACCGCGGAGACCAGGACAACUCACCCGGAGGAUAAGACCAGGGACCGCAAGGCCGAUUUCAUUGCGGCAGCACGAAGAGCUGCGCAGGCGGCAUCUGCGGAGGCCGCGAAACUCGAUCAGGCGCGGGCGCCUCACGAAGACCAGGAAGCAGCUGACGAAGAGCGCGGCAAGGAGCGUGUCGGCUGGUUGCGCAAUGUCCUGAAACGCGGCAAGCCUUCACGCGAUGAAACUGACGGGCACGAAGCUGCCGACGAACUGGAGCUUGGCAGCGAAGACCUCGCCGAAGACAACAUGGAAGCGCAGGAUGCACCGGUCCUGCCGGGUGAUCGUCCGGCUCCUGAGGCUGCCCCGUCGUCAGGCGGAAGCCGCCGCAAAGCCAUCAUGCUGGCUGCUGUGGCAGUUGUACUGACGCUUGGAACUUUGACGGCCUACAGGUUUAUGGCGAGUGCGCCCGAAGGCGAGAACCUUGCCUCGACAGAGCAGGAAACAGCGACACCGGCCGGGGUACUUUCGGAAAAAGUCGAACCUGUUGUGGAGACCGAGCCUUCGGCAAACGUCGCUGGCCUCGACAACGGCCAAGAGGCGGCAAAUACGGUUGCAGAAGCCCCGGGACCGGUGGAAAGCGCAGUUGAGAUUGCUGAACCUGUAGCACCGAAAGUGCAACCGGAACAGGUUGCGGAGGUCGUGGAGGCUGAUCCGAUACCCCGGACCGACCCGAUUGCGGCCACUUCGAAUGUACAGUCGGCUUCUGUAUCGAACACGGUCACUCCGGAGGCGGAAGUCGCAUUCGCACCUCCGGCCAAUGUCGACAACGGCUUCAAGGAAAAAGUCCUUGACGACACCACGGCAUUUUCACCUGCAACCCCCUCUUCGUCGACCGAAAACGGCGCAUCCGCGCUCAUCGCCAAUCUUCCGCCGGAAGGCGUCGGUCCCAUGGCAUUGCGCAGCGCCGCUGCGGGAGGAAAUCCGGCCGCGGAAUUCCUGGUUGGCGUCAAAUAUACCGAAGGCAAGGACGUCCCCGCCGAUCUUUCCAAGGCAGCGGUCUGGUACCAGAAAGCGGCCAACAAGGGCUUGCCGCCUGCGCAGUAUCGUCUUGCCAGCCUCUAUGAAAAAGGCAGGGGUGUGGAAAAGGACGUUGCCAAGGCGAAAGCCUGGUAUUCACUGGCAGCGCAGGCCGGCAACGCCAAGGCGAUGCACAAUCUUGCGGUCCUUUAUGCUGAGGGAGGUGGGGAAGAGCCGGAUUACGGCAAGGCCGCUACAUGGUUUGAGGCGGCAGCCAACUACGGCGUCAAGGACAGCCUGUUCAAUCUCGGUAUCCUCUACGCCGGCGGUAUCGGUGUGGAUAAGGACCUUGUGGCCAGCUACAAAUGGUUUGCGAUUGCAGCUGACAAAGGCGACCCGGAGGCGGCCAAGCGCCGCGACGACGUCGCCAACAUGAUGGAUCAGCAGACACUGGCAAAUGCCCGCCUCGCAGUGGAAAGUUUCGCAUUGACGGAAGCCGAUCCUGCUGCAAACAAGGUCACGCUCGAACCGUCCUGGGCCGAGGAGGCGUCGCUGCCUGCAGCAAACGUAUCGUCAAUCGCACCUGCCGCCGACACGGACAUGAUCCGCGAGGCGCAAGACAAGCUGAAUUACCUGGGUUUCGAUACGGGAACUCCGGACGGUCAGAUGGGUCCACGCACCCGCAGCGCGAUCGAGGCGUUUCAACGCAGCACCGGCAUGCCGGAGACAGGUUUGGUCGACAGUAAGCUGAUCGAAGAGCUUAAGAGCCAGGCAAUCUGA